AUGUUAAGUAAGAUAAGAAAUGUGCUUCCUGGAGACGAGGUGCCCUCUGGUGGCUCAAGAUCUCUUGGCAUUCAUGGAAACAGGGCAUCCGUUGUGGGAUCGUUAUGUAGGGUGUCAAACCAUCUGUUUGUGGUGUCAAAGACCAAUAGAUACCAGCCGUGCAUUGAUGACAUUGUGAUAGGAAAAGUUGUGCUCACUUCUCAGGACAUGCACAAGGUGGAUCUGGGGGGAACUGUAGGAGCGCUUCCCUCCCUUAGCUUCACCAAUGCCACAAAAAGAAACAAACCGGAAGUAAGUAAGGGAGACCACCUGCUAUGCAAGAUUGUGAGGAUGGGCACAGAGCCACUGCUUACGUGUGUUGGGGAGGGCUUUGGAAAGCUGAAGGGCGCUGUGCUUCCACUAAGCCCCUGGAAAGUGCGUCUUCUCUAUCUAAGCGACACACUGUCCAUCGUGGGGAAGAAGUACAGGUUCCGAAUUGCAUUGGGGCUCAAUGGAUUUGUCUGGAUCGAUGCAGAGAAGGACACAGACGUAAGAGACAUAUACCACUACCUUCUCCACGAAGACGGAUAG